GGAAUGGAAAAGAAAAAAGAACCAAAGAAUGAAAACAGAUCGAGCGUCCCCGUUCGCCUUGUUUACAACCGGCUACGAGUGUGCACGAGCACAGUUUAAAUGGUAGCUGAGGCAGCGAGUAGUCGUGUUGUCGCUUCGGCUCCAGUUUUAUGCGCUCUUAAGAAAUCGAUGCCGUGUUGACGUAUGGGGGACGUAGCAGCAUUGACGUGGCCUUUAACGCGGCCUAGUAUGGGGCCUGUGUCUUUCGAACUUACCAGCAGAGCCAGGAGAUGUCUUUUCGGCCCUAUAGAUCCCGACCAAGUUCGAGCAUGUGUCGAAGAGGAAUACAACAGGCAUAUUCGAGAAGGUCGGGAGCGCUGGAAUUUCGAUUUUCAGGCGGGUAAACCCCUGCCUCCUGGACGUUACCAGUGGAUUCCUGUUUCUGCAAAAGAUCCGUCAGAUGCGGAUAAAAAUGGCGGAUCACCAGAAGAGACAGCAGAUCCCGAAGAUGCUGCUAACAACAAUACUGUUGUUAGAAGAAAGGAACAGACUCAUAUUACAGAUUUUAUGCGGAAAAGAAAAUCGUCCGGAAGCCUUAAGGAUUCGGUGAUAUCGCAAUCGAAGACUAAACGGCGGUCUUCCACAUGAAAAACCAAGGACCCUGUACAGUAAAAAAGCGAAGAAUUAGCUUCGCAAGGUAUGUUA